AUGGCUCCUGCUCAGGUUGUUGACGAUGUCGAUGUGGACAUGGUCCAAGAGGAAGACGAGGACCAGGAACAACGUCUGAUUAAUGAGGAAUACAAGACGUGGAAGAAGAACAGCCCCUUUCUCUACGACAUGAUUCUCAGCACGGCACUAGAGUGGCCGACUCUGACUACACAAUGGUUUCCUGACGUCAAGGAGCCCGAAGACAAGAACUAUCGUAUCCAUCGACUCCUUCUUGGCACACAUACGUCUGAGGGACUCCCCAACCAUGUGCAAAUCGCCGAGGUCAAGAUUCCCAAGUCCGCGUCUCCGAACCCGGCCGACUACAACGAGGAGUCUGGAGAGAUUGGAGGAUAUGGCAAGUCAUCCAGCGGAGAGUCUUCUGCUGUCGAGUUCAACAUCGUGCAGAAGAUUGAUCACCCUGGGGAGAUCAACAAGGCUCGCUAUCAGCCUCAGAACCCCGACAUCAUCGCAACGCUCUGUGUUGACGGCAAAGUGCUUGUUUUCGAUCGCACAAAGCACAGCUUGCAGCCCACCGGCAAGGUCAACGCCCAGGUCGAGCUCAUUGGCCACAAGCAUGAGGGAUUCGGCUUGAGCUGGAAUCCCCAUGAGCAAGGCUGUCUUGCAUCGGGCAGCGAAGACACCACUGUGUGUCUAUGGGAUCUAAAGACGUUGCAGAGUGGUAGCAACACAUUGAAGCCCGCUAGAAGGUAUACUCACCACACCCAAAUUGUCAACGACGUUCAGUACCAUCCAAUUGCCAAGAGCUUCAUCGGAACAGUUUCGGAUGACUUGACCAUGCAAAUUAUCGACGUGCGUCAGCCUGAUACGAGCCGUGCCGCUGUUGUUGCCAAGCGUGGCCACCUUGAUGCUAUCAACGCCCUGGCCUUCAACCCCACUUCAGAAGUCCUUGUUGCGACAGCAUCGGCAGACAAGACUUUGGGUAUCUGGGAUCUGCGUAAUGUCAAGGAGAAGGUUCAUACUCUGGAGGGCCACAACGAUGCAGUUACCUCCCUCUCAUGGCAUCCCCAGGAGGCCGGCAUUCUCGGCUCUGGCAGCUACGACAGACGGGUCAUCUUCUGGGACCUGUCUCGUGUCGGUGAGGAGCAAAUGCCCGAUGAUCAGGAGGAUGGCCCCCCAGAACUGCUUUUCAUGCACGGUGGCCACACAAACCAUCUUGCAGACUUCAGCUGGAACCCCAACGAGCCCUGGCUUGUUUGCAGUGCCGCUGAGGACAACCUGCUUCAGAUCUGGAAGGUUGCCGACUCCAUUGUCGGCAAAGAUGACGGUGAUCUGCCUCUUGACGAGAUCGACCGAUAG